UGAAGUGGUCGUUUUCCUGUUCUCGGACGUCCUUCGGUGCCCCGCCCUCCCCCCGACUUAUACCUUCGACCAUUUCAAAUACACCCGUCAUUCCACCCAAUACUGACGCUCUUGGUGUCUCUGUUCAGAUUAUCACCUCCAUCGGGCGCCAUCAGUCGAUACAAAAGGACGUCACAAUGGCAGGCGAACAAGUUUGCCCCGCACAACACCCUGACACGGCAUGGACUCCAAGACCGACAUCGAGAAGGGCCACCUUGAGCUGUCCGUCUCUGCACCGGCGCCCACUCAAUCUGGCUUGACGGCGAGGUGGUCCUUGCGCAAGACCUGUGUGCUGGCGCUGGUUACAUGGGCUGCGUUCCAAUACUUCAUGCGAGAGCCGGCGUACCCCAUCCCUUCCGACCUCUCUCUGCGGGAUUGCGUCUCUCGAUGGGAUGAGUUCUCGGAUUCGGCUGCUACAGCACACUUCACCUUCGGCGUGCCACAGGAGACGCUGCUUCUCGUGUCCAAGGGCGCGUACUCGAGCGGGAACCUGCGCAUCUCGGCUACUGAGGAUCGCGACGACACAGCGGAGGUGAAAGUGAUUGUCCGGUACCGCGACCAAGAGCGACGUGAUGCAGCGAAGGUGUGCCUGAUUGAGCGCGGUGAAGGAGAGCUUGGCGUUGGGCUCUUUACUUCGCAAAUGGGGCGCGAGUUCCCUAACCGCCGCAAUAGGCUCGAGUUCGACGUGGAACUCGUGCUCCCGCGGUCUGCCUUCGUCAAAACGCUCGAAACGGACGUGGGGAACUUUGGGCACGAUGUGCAGUCGCUUGAGAAUGUCGGGCAUCUUUCUCUGAAGGGUUCGAAUGGGGCGAUAUCGACCGGUGCCAUCUCGGCUUCCGAAGCAUCGCUCUCCACGUCUAAUGGGGUGAUAGUCACUGAGCGCGUCACGGCGUCCAGCAUCGUACUCCGCUCGUCCAAUGGCGCGAUUUCCGGCAUCUUGAAUGCCACCGAAUCGAUUGAUGUUUCGACAAGCAAUGGGCGGGUGGAUCUCUCAUUGGUGCUGGAGGGAAAAGACGAUGACGUGGUCAAGAACCUGUCGGUCAAGACGAGCAACUCGGAUGUCAUGGCGAACGUUACUCUGAGCACUGCAUCCGCGCAGGGGGGCUGCUUCACGCUCCUCACCCAGACCUCCAACGGCCGCCUCGACACCAGGAUCCUCUCCGCUCCGCUUGACUCGACCCUCAAAAUCGAGGCGCGGACAUCAAACAACGCCGCAUCGCUCGCGCUCCCCGCCGCCUACGAGGGCUCGUUCUCGGUUGCGACGUCGAAUGGGCCGGCGACUGUACACCGUGUGGAGGGCAGGGAGCGGGACCCCAGGUGCGUUGUGGCGGGCGACGAUUGCGAGCCGAGGGAGCGCCAAGUGAAGAUCACGGCGCCGAGGAAGGGGCAGGCGGCGGGGACGGUGUAUUGGGACGAGGGCAAUGCGAGUCGAGGGGAGGUGACGCUGAAGACGUCGAAUGCUAACGCAGAUAUCUACAUAUGAAUCUAUGCUGUCCACUCGCUAUCAACGUGUGGUUUUGCUGGCAUCCGAUCGUCUCUAGUGCUGUGAAUGAGUGUUUUGAACUGGAUGUGCUGUCCUCUUCCUCCGUGACUACCUGCUGGCUACUCCUCC